GGUGGCGGCGGCGAGUCCGCGACAAUAACGUGUACCGUCCUGAAACAAAUGUGGAAAAGAGGGAAACGCUCGCUCCUGACUUGAAGGAUCCGUACUGGUCGACCACAAAGCGUACCGGCUUCUUUCUUCACGUAUACGUGGAGAGAGGUCGGGGAGAAGGCGGAUCGGAGCGGAAUAGGAGGCGAUACCGACGGGGCUGAGAGUAUGUCGGAUUUCUGAGAGCGAAUCCCGGAUGGUUGGAAUAAAGAGCCGUUGGGAAAGCAGAAGCAGGUCCCUCCAACACGGCGGUUAGCUCCGCCGAGACACGCCAGGCUACCGGGAGGAUGACCGCGCUUCCUCCAGGCAGAACACAGCAGCACCGCAUCUGAGUAAGUCUCGUAGAGUCAGUGUGACAUGGCUAACGGUGGGGACCCAUUCGGCCUUGCAGAGCAGCCGGACACCGACUGCGUGGAUUCCCCAAAGGAGCGCAAACAGGAGAACCGCACGCGCACUCCGAACUCGCCGACGUCACCACAAAGCAACCAGCAGGGCAUGGAGGGCAUUAAAGUUUUUCUGCAUGAACGAGAACUUUGGACGAAGUUUGAUGAAGUCGGGACUGAAAUGAUCAUCACCAAGGCCGGAAGGAGGAUGUUCCCGAGCUAUAAAGUGAAGGUCACGGGGCUCAACGCCAAAACCAAGUAUAUCCUCCUCAUGGACAUCGUGCCCGGAGAUGACCACCGCUACAAAUUCGCCGACAAUAAAUGGUCGAUAACGGGCAAGGCAGAGCCUGCGAUGCCCGGAAGGCUUUACGUUCAUCCCGACUCGCCCGCCACCGGUGCGCACUGGAGCCGCCAGCUCGUCUCUUUCCAGAAGCUCAAACUCACCAACAACCACCUUGACCCCUUUGGACACAUAAUACUGAACUCCAUGCACAAGUACCAGCCCCGGCUCCACAUCGUCAAGGCGGACGAGAACAACGGCUUCGGCUCCAAAAACACCGCUUUCUGCACCCACGUCUUCUCAGAGACGGCCUUCAUCGCUGUGACGUCGUACCAAAAUCACAAGAUUACGCAGUUGAAGAUAGAGAACAAUCCUUUUGCAAAGGGGUUCAGAGGCAGCGAUGACAUGGAGCUGCACCGCAUGGCAAAGCUACAAGGCAAAGAGUAUCCGGUGGUCCCUCGCAGCACCGUGCGUCAGAGAGUGUGUUCCAGUGGGAGUCCAUUUGGAGGUGAAGUCAGGGUUCUGCGAGGAUCCCCCGAGGCCGUCGGAUCGCCCUAUCCCUGUGAGAACAUGAACAGCAGCAGCCCCCAAGACCUCCUGAGCUCUCCACCAGCCCCCUAUGCCCUUCCUCAUCCUCACCUACAACAUGGCCAACAGUACCACUGCAGCAAGAGAAAAGUGGAGGAGAGCUGUCCUUCGGCAGACCGCCAGCACCCAUACAAGAAGCCCUUCACUGGUCGCUCACCAAGUGAGGGCGAGUCAUACUACCACCCCCCUUCCUACCCCCCUCCCCCACCACCUGCUCUGCCCAACAAUCCUCCCCUGGGCCUCACUGAUUCCCCCUACAGCGCCGACAUGGGACAGCGUCAGGCAUGCAUGUUCGCCAGCUCAGAGCCCAGGCUGGAGGACCUCAGCUGUUCAUCCUGGUCUUACACCUGCCCUCUGCCCCCUGCUAUGACCCCUAUGGAGCCCUACCCACCUUACGCCCCUCAUCCCCCGUACAGCUCCAGCCCCCAGGGCUCUCGGCUCAGCGCGAUAGCCCACCAGAGCUCUCCGGCGCUGGGUGAGCCUCUCCCUCAUGACCCCUACCAGACCCAGAGCGCUGGACCGCCACCUCAAAACAUCCACAGCAGGCAGCUCAGCCCCCCACUCAGAGAGUAUCCACGGUACACCCCAAACAUCUCUCCUCCUCUCUACCACACACUAGAGACACACACACACAUCAGGGGCGGGGUCCCAGAGUGGAGUGCAGCCUCCUAAUUGGACCCCCUAAUCGAUGCAAACAUAAGGGUAUCGAUGAAAGACUAAGUGGAUGGGGAUUCAACAUCUGGAAUUUAAAACAACCCUUCUUUCUGCUUUUUUGAAAGAUGCUGCACCCUAUAGGGAGUAAAUAUAUAUUAUUACCUUUGUAAGAUAAUUGUGAAACGUGUGCUUGUGCUUCAGAAGGAGGUUUCUUUUGCAGAAAUGUUUCUACUCCGUGUCCACAAUGUACACACAACGUACUCCCAAGAUGGCUGGGGCCCUGGAUUGUUACGGAAUGAUUUGGGCAUUCAAAAAGAAACCCCUUUCCAGAUGGGGGAGAAAACACACAAGAGCCCAGAGGUGAACGGUUGACUGGAGAGCAACCUCUUCCAUGCAACACAAUGAACUAAAAAGCUGUACUUUAUCGUGUACCCUGCUCCAAAUGUCCAAAUGUUUGCACUGUGAGCCCUGUCAGUUGAAGACCAUGAGAAGCACUGGGCUGUUUUUGUGUCUCAAGGACUCCCAGUCUCCGCGUUAUGAGGGAUGUAAAUUGUGACCCAACGUCAGACAGGCAGUUACUUUUGCUGACCAAAAUAAUCUCAGCUCUCCGCGGCGGAGCCCGAGGGAAACAUUUUUCUCUUUAGCAGAGCAAAGCGCUGCUGCUUGUUUGGUCUCAUUGAAUGAGAAAGGCAUGGGUUGUGUCGUCCAUGUGUAUGUAUAGCCUGUGUCAGCUCAACUCAAGACUGCUAUGAGUUAAUUCCCAGUGAGACUGGCAGUAGUUGCUGCAGGCUGUGCACCAUAGAGAUAAACAGUUUGUUUAGACCACGCUACAGGCUGAGGGACCUGUAAACACUGUUUCUACUGCAUUCUGGGUAACUGCACAACUCAGCGUCAUACAGCUGUCACCACUGUCCUCUCAGUCACCCCCAAAUGACCAAUCAGCAUUCUCCUUUUACCAAGAACCAACCAAUACAGCUGCACCUCACUUUAUCCUUAAUUGACCAGUCUAAGCUGCACUUUUUUUUCCUUUUUUUGGGGGGGUUAGCCUGUCUUUGUUCAUAAAUUAUUCAUGAGUCCAGUGUUGAUCCUUGACACGAGAGGAUUGCUCAGAACGGGCGUAGAAACACCAACGAGAAGUGGCUGGAAAUGUAAUAAUGUUGAUGCCCCAGCCAGUUCUUAGAUUUUUAUAGGCUUUUAAAAACCUAAUCUGCUCCAUUUUCCUGCCCUAAAGCAUUGCAGUUGUGAUUCAUUUGACUGGAAUUUUAAUUUAAAACUCGUAAAAGGAAAAAUCAUGUUACUUUUCGUUUCCUGCUUAUAUAACAGAGAAACAUUGCCUUCCCACCUCUUGGGUUACUCUGAAAACGAGUUUGUUGUUCCUACUAUGCAAAGCAGUAGUAAACUAAGUUAUAUUGGUUUCAUGUGAUGGAGCAUGUUUCUGCACAGGUGCUUUAUUUGCGAUAACAUGAGGAAAGGUGCCCUAACAGUCAGCCAUUACAAAAACAUCAGUAUGCAAAGGGUGGAAUCAUUUCUCAUCAUUCCUUGAUAUGUAUUUGAUGUAUGUACUAUGUGUGUGAAUGUGUUUGGGUGUGUGUGUAUGUGUGCAUGAGUGUGCAUAGCUCAGUAUCUGUGCAUAUGCGAGUAUGGUUGUGCUUGCAUUUUUGUGUGCAUAGCUGCAAGUGUGUGUGUGCGUGUGUGUGUGUGAGUGUAUGUGUGUAUACACAGUAGUGUGUGUAACAAUGAGACCUAAAGAGCUCUGUUGUUCUGGGACUUGUGUUUUAUAGUAUUGUUCCUGCAUAUAGUAUUUAUUACUCUAGAUUUGUAAAGAUUAGAUUUGUUGUAAAAUUGUGAAAUGAGACAGUAUUGUUUGAAGCCGUUGUUUCUCAUUGAAGGUUUGCGUCUGAUUUCACCCUUCACUUCUUAGUGGUGAUAAAUGGUUGUGAUAAACAAAUAAGAUGUUCUGUUCUAUGAAAAUAAAGACAGAUUUAUAUACAGAAAUGUAAUAAAUUUUAGAGACUUUUG